UCUAUGAUAUAGCUCCCGAACUUUUUUUUUUACUAGAAAAUAAAAGGUGGUAGGGCAAAAAAAGAAGAGCCUCCUCCUAGCUAUCACCCAAUUGCUUUCAGAAAGAGAGAUGGAGAGAGCAACCACCAUUUCUCCGAGCCUGAGUCAAAACUACCUACUUUGUCCUUCACGCGCCUUCACCACGCGCCUCCACUCCUUCUCUACUACUCGGAGCUUAUCGCCAUCAUCUUCCUCCUCCAUCAAGGUUCAGCAUUCCUCCUCUUCUGUAUCUUCCUGUUCCAUCAAUGGCGGAACCUCCCUUACUCGUUGCAACGCCGUCCUCUCCAAUUCGUCUUCCAGUAGUACGGAGGUAGCAGACAUAGAUUGGGACAACAUCGGGUUCGGUCUGAAACCCACUGAUUACAUGUACGUCAUGAAAUGCAACCUUAACGGGGAGUUCUCAGAGGGUGAAUUGCAACGUUUUGGGAACAUCGAAGUCAGCCCCUCUGCUGGUGUCCUCAACUAUGGACAGGGAUUGUUCGAAGGGAUGAAAGCUUACAGAAAGCAAGACGGUAAAAACAUCCUCCUCUUUCGUCCUCAAGAGAAUGCAACGCGUAUGAGAAAUGGUGCCGAGAGGAUGUGUAUGCCUGCUCCUUCCGUUGAUCAGUUUGUCCAAGCUGUUAAAGCAACCGUUUUAGCAAACAAACGUUGGGUUCCACCUGCAGGAAAAGGUUCUUUGUAUAUUAGACCGUUGCUAAUGGGAACUGGAGCUGUUCUUGGUCUUGCCCCUGCACCAGAAUAUACUUUUCUUGUCUAUGUUUCUCCUGUUGGAAACUACUUCAAGGAAGGUGUGGCACCAAUCAAUUUGAUUGUGGAAAGUGAAUUUCACCGUGCAACACCUGGUGGUACUGGAGGUGUUAAGACCAUUGGCAAUUACGCUGCAGUACUAAAAGCACAGUCGAUUGCGAAAUCUAAAGGAUAUUCUGAUGUUUUGUACCUUGAUUGCGUUUACAAAAGAUAUCUUGAAGAGGUCUCCUCUUGCAAUAUCUUCAUUGUUAAGGACAAUGUGAUAUCUACUCCUGAAAUAAAAGGAACCAUUUUACCUGGGAUUACGCGGAAAAGCAUAAUCGAUGUGGCUCGUACCCAAGGGUUUAAGGUGGAGGAACGGGAUGUGACAGUGGACGAGUUACUAGACGCAGAUGAAGUUUUCUGCACAGGAACCGCCGUGGUUGUCUCUCCAGUUGGAAGCAUUACACACAAAGGCAAAAGAGUAUCUUAUGGAGAAGGUAGCUUUGGACCUGUCUCGGAGAAACUCUACACCGUUCUGACAAGCUUACAGAUGGGUCUGAGCGAGGACAACAUGAACUGGACUGUGAAUCUGAGUUAGAUAAAACCUCUACACUGGUGUUUACGGUUUUAUUUUUUUGUUCUCAUAUAAGUCUGUGAUUCUUGUUCGUGAAACUACAAGUUCGAUUGUUUUAAAAAACUUUGUUCGAUCUUAAAAGUUGACAUCUUACAGGUCUGCUUAAAGAUCAGUAGAUGUUGGUAUC